AUCGAUCGGAAUACAUCGGUCACUUCGAUUUCCGCAGGAAAGCCGGUCGUCUUCUUCAUCGGACAAACCAAACAUCAUCUUCUCCUUCGAAUGAGUUCGAUCUGAGUUUCACUCACUGAAGAGAGGGAGAGAGAGAUGGCCGUGCAGUGGGUCCUGGUGAUGCACGGGCUGGCGACGCUCGUGGUGGUCGUCUCCUUCCUGUGCGGCCAGUGGCCCAUCUUCCGCCGCACCCCCAUCGCCUCCAUCCACCGCUUCCUCACCGUCGGUGCCUACGACUGCCUCCUGAGGUGCGUCGGCGUGCUGUUUGGAAUUAGGGGCACGAACGCGAUUCUGGAGGUGGAGCGGUUUUGCUGCGAUCGCCCCAACCCUAUUUUGCAGAUAAUAUACUUGGCAAUAGUCGGAGGAACUUAUUUCAUUGUGGCAAAAUCGUGCUUCGGCUAUAUUCCUGGAUAUUAUAUAAGUGGAUUUCACAGGUACACGAGCUUCUUGGCAGUUGGCAUCGGUCUCUUUCUCUUCGUAUUGACUAGUUUUUCUGAUCCAGGGAUUGUAAAGGAUGAUAAUGUCUCUCAAUAUCUUGCUGCUUAUCCCUAUGAUGAUAUUAUUUACUCUGAGAAAGAGUGUCCAACUUGCAAAAUUCCAAAACCUGCCAGAUCCAAGCAUUGCAGCAUUUGUGAUCGCUGUGUUGCAAGAUUUGACCAUCAUUGUGGGUGGAUGAAUAAUUGUAUAGGGGAGAGAAAUACUCGAUACUUCAUGGCUUUUCUUUUAUGGCAUUUUCUAGUUUGCAUAUAUGGGGUUGUUGCCAUUGGAUUGGUUCUUGCUGGACAGCUGAAGGAAUCGAGAGUGAUCUAUAUACUAACUGUGUAUUAUGGUGUAGAAAAUUCUUUCCGUAGUUUAGCUCCACAUGUGCUUCAGUGGUUUGUUGGAUCCUAUGAUACUCAAAUACUGCUUAUGGUGUUCCUUGCAAUAGUUGCACUGCUACUGGCAGGUUUCUUUGGCUACCAUGCCAGCCUCUGCUUCACAAACACUACCACUAAUGAGACUUUCAAGUGGCAAGAGUACUUAAGUUGGCAGAGGAAGCUGAAUGAAGCAAGAGCGAGUACUGCGGCGCUCCGAGCCAGUAUUAAUGGGAUGAGCAGUGAGGUGUUGGCUCGUGAAAGCAAAUGGAGGGCUUUCUUCAGAAGAUCACCCUUGGAAGAUGCUGAGCCUGUUGUUAAGGAGAACAAGUAUGAUAAAGGACUCAUUAAAAAUAUCUAUGAGAUUAUUGUUCCUUUAUCAUCAAGAUCGUUGUUUUCACAGAAGAAAUCUAAAGUCCGUCGAGAAUGAUGUUGGGCACCACGACUAUAGUUACUGCCACUCCUCUUCUUCACCAACAUUUCCUGAAGUCCCUUAAAGUAAUUGGUUGACGCUGUAUUUAGGCGUAGAGAGGAUAAUACAUCAAAGACUUCAAAUAUUUGGUGUAGUUAACCACCUUGUUGCAUCCAAUGCACCGGAAGAGAUUUAGUUAGAUGUACAGGGCUUCACUUCUUAGCACUGAACAUCGGCUUUUUAGGAGGAGGUGUCAGAUAUUACAGGUUUUACUUUCUUUUAUUUUUACCCAUGACAAUCGUUCCAUGGAUACCAAUUGUCCUUUCCAUUGGAUUCACGGAUAUGUAAAGCAAUUCUGUCAUUUUUUUGUCGAA